UUAUUGUUUGUUGCCAAAGUACAUUGACAUUAAAUAAUGCACGCAAAGCGUGACAAAGUCAAGUGCCAUCUCUCUCACCAUGUUGUCAACUCUACACUCUACACUGCCCUACACGCCUCUACUGAGUAGAGUCUUGCCUAUGUUCAGUGCAGUCAGUUCGUAUCGUUGAUGCUCUUCCUUUAGUUUGGACUUCGUCAGUGGUAAGUAAGCGCGAGGCAGAUAUUUCCUGCCGUGAUUUAGAACAGAACCAUUGAGAUUAGAAUCAGUAUUCUAAGCCUCAUCUCAACAAGUCAAUGAAAAAUGGAAACCUCGAGAAGAAAAUCGUAUAAUGUGGACCUCGACUUCUAAGCUUUGACAUUUGGAACUUGCACAUCUUGAAAUGUAGAUCUCAACAUGAGGAACCUCGCAUCUGAGUUCCAUAUAUUAUGAAAGUAAAUACCACAACAGAGUCAGAGACAACAACUGAAAAAGGGACCUCAGGAAAGUGUCAAGAGACUACAGAAAACGGCAUCAUCUUUGACGAAACCUCAAGUGGUAAUGAAGUAACAACACAAUGUCCUUCUGGCUAUACAGGUUAUGUCAAGAAGAAAUGCACAAAACAAGCCGUCUGGGAAGAUGGUCAGUUUUCGAACUGCACUCGUAAUAUUUUGGACACUCUGUUCAGCUCGCUCAAUGGUACUUUGAAUCAGGACUCACUCCUGAACAUUUCAAAGACUUUGCAAGAAACAUUCAAGGAUGUUGGACAAACUAUUUUGUCUGGAGAUAUUAAAAAUGUGGUGAAUAUCUUCAGAGAUCUUGUAGAUAAGACGAAGUUAUUUAAAUUAACUGUGCCAAAGGUUGUGGUUGAGGUAUUAACCGCUACGAUCGACAAUUUGUUAGCAGCCAGUAAUUCUUCAUGGACAGAAAUCUCCACGGAUGGCAAUCAAGAUGAUACGGGAGCUGAGAUGAUUCACUCACUAGAAAGCUUCACACAGUCAUUUCUUCAAACUGACCAGCAUUCAUUCUCUGAUAUCUCUGUCAGAAAAGACAAUAUUGUUCUGGAGAUAAAGCAGACAACCAGUGAUAGUAUUCAUUAUCCAGAUCCUACAAACAAUGAAGGAGGAAAACUACAAGAAAGUAAAAAUGAAAUUCUCUUUUCUCAACCUGCAAAGGAAAACAUGAAAUAUUCAAUAUUAGAAUUCAAAGGCAUGACAAGCAAAUUUCAAACAGUCAAAAUAAACAAAGAUUUUGAUUAUGGAGACUCAGCAUCCGCUUCCAAGACUAUACUUUUGAACUCAGAUGUGAUCUCAUUCUCCCUGGAACCUAAGCGACAGGUUGAUGCUUUGAAAUCAAAUCCGUUAAGACUGACAUUUCAAAUAACAAAUCACACACUGUAUAGACAAUUUUGUGUGUUUAUGACCAAAGACCUUUCCUGGUCAACUAGUGGCUGUACAACUAAGAGAACACAGGCCAACCAAGUGCAAUGUACCUGCACACAUCUGUCCACCUUUGCCGUGCUUAUGUCUCCUGAUGUUAAUGAAAUAACUACUGAAGCCACAGCAAAAGUCCAAAAUUGUAAAGAAGUAAUAGAAAACGGCGUUAUAUUUAAAGACACUCAGCCUGGAAAAAGUGUCACUGCACAGUGCCCAGAAGACUAUGACGGAAACUCUAUAAAGAAAUGUAGUAUCCAAGGGAAAUGGGAAAAAACCAACAACAACCUUUGUGUACCAAAAGUACUUCAGAAAGUUUCACAAGAAGCUGAAAAUCUAACGUACUUGAGCACACCAAAAGAAAUAGAGAAUAUGACUGCAACUGUAGCCAAUGUUUACAAAGAAAACAAAACAAUUAUAUCUGGAGACAUUCGAAAGGUUGUAGACAUUUUCGCUAAAAUAGGUGCAGCCACAACCCAAUACAAGAUAGAUGUAACAAAUACUACUGUUCAAAACAUUACAGUGACUAUUGAUAAACUGCUGUCUACAAAUGAGAAUGAUUGGAAAGUUGUGUCCCUUGAAGAUGAUGUUAGUGCCAAGUUGCUAUUGUCAGUGGAGAAUAUCACUAAGAGUGUGCUAGAUUCUAACACCAAUGUGACUGAGAUUAGUCUGAAUAAAGACAAUAUUGCUGUUGAAAUCAAGCAAAAAACUGUGAAUGAAAUAAUUUAUCCAGAUCCCAAAAAAUCACAAGAGGAAAGACGCAAUAUUACAGAGAAUAAAAUUCAAUUAUCCCAAGAAACAUCAGAAACAUUGAAAUAUUCAAUUAUAAUCUACAAAAACGUCACAGAGAAAUUUACUAUUAAGAAUUUCAUUGAUGACAAAGUUGACAAAGACCAGAACAACAAACAACCUACCAGUAAAUUUCUGAAUUCAGAUGUAAUAUCUUUCUCGGUGGAACCUGAACCUAAAUCUUUACAGACCAACCCUUUGAUUUUAACAUUCAAGAUAAGAAACACUACAGGUGUUAGACAUGUCUGUGCAUAUCUGACCAAUGACAGCUCCUGGGCAACAGAUGGUUGUGACACAAAGGUCAACAAAGAAAAUGUCACCUGCACUUGUACUCAUCUUACCAACUUUGCCGUACUGAUGUCCCCACAUGCUGUUAAGGACACUCAUAGGGAAGUCUUGCGUUUCAUUUCUGCAGUUGGUAUAGUGAUAUCUCUUAUUGGUUUAGCUGUAACCAUAGCAGUAUAUGGAAUCAUGUGGAGGUAUGUGAAGAGUGACAGGUCUGUGCUACAUGUCAAUCUUAGUGUAGCUUUGUUCCUUGGAUACACAGUGUUCCUUGUUGGAAUAGACAGGACACAUGACUUUAUAACUUGUGCCAUUAUUGCUGGGUCAUUACAUUUUUUAUUUCUGGUUGUCUUCUUCGUCAUGUUGGCUCAGGGUUUACUGAUUCUCAAGUCAGUCACUACAGUGUCGUCAACGUCUAUUCUCAAGUUUUUAUUUAUUUUGAUGUAUGGUGGCCCCUUGCUUGUUGUUGUUCUAUCAGUAGCCAUCACACAGGGAGAAGGCUAUGGUACCAAAUAUGUUUGCUGGUUAGAUAAUAGUAAGGGAUUGAUAUGGGCUUUUGCUGGACCAGCUUUCUUGGUUUUAGUGUCCAAUGUUGUCAUUCUUAUUCAUGUGUUGCGUGUCAUGCAAAGUUCACGGAGAAUGAUGGAUAAAGAUUUAAAAAAGAAAACAAUGUCAGUGUUCCGUUCAAUUAGUAUUCUGACUCCAAUACUGGGUAUAACUUGGUUAUUUGGUAUCUUGUCAAUCAGUAUUGAUAAUGUUCUCUUCCAGUAUUUGUUUGCUAUAAGUAAUUCACUACAGGGACUUUUCAUAUUUAUUUGCCAAUGUGUGCUACAAUAUCAGGUGCGAGAUGGUUUUAGGUCAAUGAUAAGGAAAUAUCGAGCAACAACAUCCUUUGACUCCAGUUCUAAAGGAGCCAGUUCUUGUCAGGAUAAAGGUUACUCUGAGAGUUUAUUACAGACAACAGAGCCAUCCAACUUCUUUGAGAAUGCAACUUAUGAUUCUACUGUUGUUACGUCAGAAAAUCAGCUGUGACAGCCAAUCACUGAUUUCUAUUCUACUAGAACACCUACAGAUUCAAGACAUUUUAUUGCAUUUUGAAAGCAUCUCGAGUAUUUUUGUAUUUCUUUUAUUAGUUGAAUUCAAUAUAUUUUAUUUAAAAAAAACAAAAAAACUUGUAUAUAUUUGUGUUAUGUGUGCACAGCUAAACUUUAAUCAAACUAUUUUUUUCAUUGUCUUAUUUUUUUUUAUUCACUAAAAUAUUUUGAACUAGUACUAAGGUUUUGAUGAAUACCUUUUAGUACAAUCUGUAGUCCCUCCCCUCCAAAAAUAUCAUUAUAGUGACAAAAUGUUUAAGUAUCUUUUUUUGUAAUGUUUAGAUAUUUCUUUGUUCUACCUCACAUUCACCUUCUCUAUUCUUUCUUUGUUCUACCUCACAUUCACCUUCUCUAUUCUUUCUUUGUUCUACCUCACAUUCACCUUCUCUAUUCUUUCUUUGUUCUACCUCACAUUCACCUUCUCUAUUCUUUCUUUGUUCUACCUCACAUUCACCUUCUCUAUUCUUUCUUUGUUCUACCUCACAUUCACCUUCUCUAUUCUUUCUUUGUUCUACCUCACAUUCACCUUCUCUAUUCUUUCUUUCUUCCCAUUUCUUUACUCACUUUCUUUCUCCUGAAAUGCUCUUGUGUCAAAUAUUUGGCCAAUUGGCCUCCAUGUUUCCUUAUUGAACUGUUAUAACUGUUAGUUGUACUAUUGUUAAAACAUCUAACUUUUGUUGUGUCCCUAAUCAAAACUUAAGGUGGGAGGUGUGGUCGAGAGGCUAAGUACACUUGAACUUGGCUUGGCUACCUAUGAAGGGGUCUCAAGGUUCGACACCCGACUCGAGCAGAGUUGUGUUUACUGAGCUCCUAAAGGCAGCACGCAAAGACUUUUCCCAGAUACACCCCCACUGUCCACAAAUAAGAUUGGACCAUAGCGCUCUGAGCAUGCUAUAAGCAUGAAAGGAGCGCUAUAUAAAAGCUAUAAUUAACUUAUUGAUAUCUUUGUGUGUAAUAUAUAGCUCAUACCAUUCUAUUAUAUAUUGUAAGUCUUAUUGACACCAUAAUCUCCUGAUUAUUGUCCUGUGUGUCUGUUCCCUUGAACUUGCACUUUCAACUAGUCAGGUCUUUGUUGACCUUAGAAAAGCUAACAGAAAACAAAAAAUAUUUUCUUGGUCUUGCUGACAUUGUACAAUCUGUAACUAGAAAUGAUGAAAGAUAUAGAGAUUAUAUUAACUCCUAUUGUCCUAUUGAAGAAUUCAGUCUUUAUCCACAAAACAUU